AACCUUGAAGGGCGAGUGCCUGGGGCCGGAUGCGAGAGCAGAGCAUUCAGCGCAGGCUCCCACACGCAGCGGGACUAGCUGCUUGGUCUUUCUCUAGAGCAGAAUUUCCCUUGACUUCCUCUGCUUCCCUCUCAGUCUCCCUCUUAGAGGUUUUUUGAACCCCAGAAAAGUCUGGGCACAUCAAGGACCCAGACCCUUCAGCCAAGACAACUGGCAGGGAUGGGAGCAAGGCCUCUGGAUCCUGGGGGAAGAGUUGGAGAAAUGGGGAGAGAAAGACUUCCAGCUAAUACCCUACUUGAUUCCGUGUUGUCUUUGUUAACAGAAGUCAAGCCUGUUGGUGAAACAGCUGCUGAAGAAAGCAAGCCAGACACACUUCCACCAUCCAGUGUUCAAAACACAGUCAAACAAAGCACAGUCCCACCAUCCACUGAUAAAAAUGUGACUGCACUGGAGACCAAGGGAAGCACACCCACAACGCCUAACACCUCAAGGGCAGUGCCAGCCUCAGCCCAGCAAAGCACAACUGCAGUGGACAGUGGCAAAGAUAAGAAACCAGCCACAGGCAACUCUGCUAUAACUACUAAAGACUCAGAGGAUUCUACAACCACACCAACCACUGUCUCGACAAAGCCUGAAACCACAAGCAGCCAGAGUGGAAUUAAAAGCAAUUCAGCUAAAUCUGGAACCCAGAGUAGCCACAGUGUGACCACAAGCAGUGUGAUCACUAAGGAGGGAAAUCAGGCAGCCUCUGACCGUCCAACUCUGGGUAGCACCUCAGUCAUCACGCCUGUUCUUCCUUCCUUGCCCACCCCAGCAAGCACUCACCGGCCUAGCACGGUCUCUGUGACUUUGGUCUCUGUGACUUCAGAGCCCGCAGCGAGCUCCUCCGAGGGACCAAACAAAAUUACAGCAGCUACAAGUUUAGGCACAACGGCGGGUCCCACCUUCACGACGCAGGGGACACUGACCACACUAACACCAUGGGUAAUUACCUCACAAGGAACUCAACACACCUCUAGCAAGACACCAGCUGUCACUGGCACCUCUGAGGCUCUGCAGCCUGCAGGCUCUUCAUUGGGACCUGGGACCACAUCUCCUGCCAGGGGACCCACAAGCUCCAGCACUCAUUUGGAGUCAACUGCCCCUCAAGGCUCCAGUACCCCUUCUCCCACCUCAGUAAUUCCAGCAGGUGUGGGACAGAUACAGUGCGAUUCUCCUGAAAAGCUGAAUGAGAAGAUGCUCGUCCUGAACAUCUCGAAAACUGAUGUCUUGAGAACCAACAUCUGUAACGCGACCGCUUCGAAUGACAAACUGGUCACACUUUUGUGCCGAGCAGCAAAAGCCUCCUUCAACCCAGCUCAAGAUCAGUGCCAUAUACAGCUGGCACCUGUUCCAGAAAUCCAGGCAGUGGCAAUCAAACAGAUCACUAUCCGCACAAACCUCUUUCCCACGGACGUUUAUGAAUUGCUGAAAGACAAAUGGGAUGACCUAAAAGAGGUGGGAGUCAAUGACAUGCAGUUUGAGGGUCAAGGACCACCAGAAGAGACCGAGGACCGGUUCAGCAUGCCCCUCAUCAUCACUAUUGUCUGCAUGGCAUCCUUCUUGCUCCUGGUCGCGGCCCUUUAUGGCUGCUGCCACCAGCGCCUCUCCCAGAGGAAGGACCAGCAACGACUCACAGAGGAGCUACAGACGGUGGAGAAUGGUUACCACGACAAUCCAACCCUGGAAGUGAUGGAGACCUCAUCAGAGAUGCAGGAGAAAAAGGUGGUCAGCCUUAAUGGGGAGCUGGGGGACAGCUGGAUCGUCCCUCUGGACAACCUGACCAAGGAUGACCUAGAGGAGGAGGAAGACACACACCUCUAAUCAGGUCUGCUGGUGGCCUCCGACGGUGCACAGAGCUCCAGCCCAAGCGCCUCAAGUGCCAUGUGGACAGGGGAGGAAAAUCCUUCCCCUUCGAGGGAAAGACUGGGGAGGGAGAGCAGACUCGGAGGGUUCCCUCCCCCCAAUCCCCACAGGCCUUAAUUUUUCCCUUUUCAAGCUGAACAAAUCACAUUCUGUGUAGAAUCCUCUUGUAAAAUAACCCACUAGUGCCUGAGCUCAGUGCUGCUGGGAGAUCAGGAAAGAGCCAUCCAAGGGACUUCAGAGACCAUCUAAUAGAAUCCCUUCAUUUCACAGAUGAGAUGACUGAGGCCUAAAGAGGGUAAAGUCAAGGUCACACAGCCACUGGGUGACAGUCAGGAUGAAAACAGAGAUCCUUCAUUCGGUGCAGUGCCCAUUGCCACCAUGCCACGCUGCAGUGAUCACCUAUGCCCUCCCUCCAGAGCUGCCCUGGGCAGGGGGGGAUGAAGCUGCCAGUCAGUGGAUGGGAUGGAGGGGAAAGCAGGGCCACACCCUGUCGCAGUGGGAUCUGAUUACUUGAAAGGAUAAGUCCCGUUUUCUGCCUGUCUCCUACGCCAGCCUUGUCUGCCAGUGUUCCUGUCCUGUGUUCUGCCCCCUCCCUUCACUCAGUUUUCACUCCCACUCUGUCCCAGGGCCCCUGGGACUAACACAGGUCAUUCAUGAUCUUGAACCCCUUGUUCUGGAGUCUAGUUUCCUGGCAUUUGCUUAUGAGAUUGGGACUGACACAGGAACAGGUCUGCACAUGGGUCCAUCUACAGGUGAAGAGAGAAAGGGAAGCCUUUCCUCCCAGGAUGGGUGCCAGCCCACCUCCAAGGCACUCCUUGAAGAGACUCCCUGAGUGCUUUGGUCUCCCAUCCCCACCGGGACUAAGGUCUGCAGCAGCUGUUGAAGGCAAGGUGUUCCUAUUUCGUUGUCACUGCUCAGCCGAUGCGAUGGGGUGAAGACCCCAGCUUGGUCAUCCCCGAGAUCCAGCGUGAAAGAGCAGCUUUAGGACAGAGCUUCCUGGUGUCCAGUCAGCAGAGAGGUGUCUGAAUAGACAAUCGAUUGAAACAGCAGGAAGGAUAGGCUUCGCUUUCCAGAUCAUAGGAAAGUCAGGGGCUUUGCAAGUUGCUGAGAGUUUUGUCUUCUUUGUCUUUUAAUCCAGAACUCUGCUGCCAAAGGCCAAAGCUCACAUCGUUGAGACAUUUCCAGUUAGAUUCCAUUCUUCUGUGCACAGGACAAGAAAGGCCUAGAUGCAUGGUGCACUGCAAGGUGCAUAAGGGGCAGCCCGGGGUCCUGGCGUUCUAUUCCCAGUGACCUCUCACUGUCGGGGCACGGAGGUAGGUCUUGCUGUGUCCCCUCCUCUGUAUUCCUAGUGGGGCUGGCUGCCCAGCACUCCUGUAGGUUCUGGUGGCAUCUCAGGGAAACAAAAUGCCGACUGUUGCCCAGUGGAGGGGUUUUGAGGGAGCUCAGCAGGUAGCUGCUACGUAGACGGCAACUGAGGACUGGGCAUAGCGAGGUUUCAUCUGAUUUUCUGAGAAGGAAUCCUGUGUGGAAUUUUGAACUCUGCCCAUGUUCUCUCUUGUUCCUGGACAUAAAUUCCCUGGAACCUACUAGGAAGAUGCUUAGGAGAAUGAAAAUGGUCACUUCGGGGCAAAAAGCCAGACCCCUAGAACCUAGGGGCAGUCUAAGCUGCAACAGUUCUGAUAAAAUAGGCUAUCUGGUUUGGGAUAGAUUAUUUUUUUAAAGGAGAGGAUCUCAAGAGGAAGAUCUAUGUCCUUCCUUUGCUGCCUAAUUCCCUCUUCAUAGGCUUUAGCCAUUUGAUACCUAGGAGAAAAGGAAGGCCAGAGGUUCAAGUAGGACCCGUGAGUUUCUCAAGAGCUAGAAAGAUGCUAAGCUAACAAGGAUCCUGAUUCUCUACUAUUUGGAGGUUGGCAGGAUGGAGAAUACCAGUUUGAGAGAAAACAGAAGAAAUACUGUUUCACUGGGAAAAGAUGUUUGCUUCUUUCCUACCCAGCAUUUGGUUCUUUCUACCCAUUCUAUCGUGGUCACUGUGGGAGAGGCCAGACUAGAUUACUCCUUUGCUGAUUCUGGGUCACAUUUCAGCAGCUAGGUUUAGACAGAGAGAGCAAAUAUGUCUCUGCAAACCAAUCAAAAGCCACAACCCCCAGGCCUCUUGGGG